GCUUCCGUUACUAGUCCGGAAGAUUUGGUCGUUGGAAGAGGAAGGAAGGAAGGAGGUCGUCCUUUUCGGUUGACUCGUAAUGUCCGAGUGCGAAGUGAUGUUGAGUGAUGUGAGUUUGGGGGAGUACAUCUCGGUGCCCAGGUUCUACGCCGGUGCGGACGUGUUCCUGACCGGCGGAACGGGGUUCAUGGGCAAGGUGCUGAUCGAGAAGCUGCUCCGGUCCUGCCCGGAUGUGGGCCGAAUUUUUGUGCUGAUGCGCUCGAAGCGUGGCAAAACGCCCCAAACUCGGGUGCAGGAUCUGACGAAUAAUCCGUUGUUCGAAAAGCUGAAACGCCUCAACCCGUCGGCCCUGUCCAAACUGGUGCCCAUGUACGGUGACUGCAUGCAGCUGCGGCUGGGGAUGUCCCCGGAGGACAUCCAACGGUUGCGGAAUGUGUCGGUGGUGUUUCACCUGGCGGCCAGCGUCCGCUUCGACGAUCCCCUCAAGGACGCCAUCCUGACGAACGUGCUCUCGACGCGCGAGCUGUUCGAGCUGUGCCUGGGGAUGAAGGCGUUGCGGGCCGUCGUGCACGUUUCGACGGCCUACAGCAACCCCGAGCAGACGCAGGUCGAUGAGAGGUUAUAUCCUGCCAAAGCAGAUUGGAGGAAGAUGCUGGAUUGUGCCCUCAAAUUCGACACACAGAUUUUAGAUAUUUUAACAGACAAAGUCACCGACUUUGCCCCAAACACGUACACCUUCAGCAAAGGCCUGGCGGAGCAGGUGUGCCGUGACUACGAAAGCCAGCUACCCCUCGUGAUCUUCCGACCCUCGAUCGUUGUCAACACAAUCGAGGAACCGCUCGUCGGUUGGAUCGACAACCUCAACGGUCCAUCGGGAAUGCUGCUCGGAGCCGGAACCGGCAUCGUUCGGACGGAUCUCAUGCCGACAGGAAACCGUGCCAACACCAUCCCGGCGGACAUUUCCAUCAAGGCGUUACUGUUGGCCGCGUGGCGAAGAGGCACGACGAAACACACCCCAAGCCAGAACCACCUGCCCGUGUACAACAGUGCCGUCGAGCACGAACAUUCGUGGCAGUUCGACAAAAUGAUCGACUGUGGCAAAGCGAACAUGACCAAGCUGUGCUUCAGCCGGCUACUGUGGGUUCCCGGUGGAUCGACAACCACGUGGCGGGUCAAGUACUAUCUGAUGGUUCUGUUGCUGCACAUUCUGCCGGCGAUGCUGGUCGAUACGCUCUGCUGGGUCUGCGGGAAGCGACCCUUCUUGAUGAAAAUACAACGGAAAGUGUUCCUCGCGCAAGCUUCUCUACGAUACUUUGUGUAUCAUCAGUGGAACUUUGAAACCGAACGGUUUCGAUCGCUCCGGAAUGGUCUGCAGGGAGACGAUAUCGCCGCCUUCAGCUGGCACCUAACGGAGGAGCGCAUCGACCAGUUCUACUACGACUGCUGGAUGGGCGUGCGGCGCUACCUUCUGAACGACCCGGACGAAUCGCUGCCCCAGGCGAACCGCAAGAUGCGCCGGCUGAAGCUCGCUGACCGCGUGGUCAAGGCCAUUUUUUACGCCCUACUCGCGUACUGGCUGUGGAAGAGCGCCCUGCUGCAGAGCUUCGAGACGCAGCUGGUGCGGUUGGGCAAUCGAUGACCGUGAGGUAGGGACGGGAUGUUUCUCGGUGUAAAUAAACAUUUAUUCAGGAGGCUCUUUUUUGGAGGGUGUACUAUUUUAAA